GACGUACAAUCUCAGCCUCCGUGCCCUGAGCUUCCACCUUCUGCCUGACCUGCUCUCACUGUUUCUGCCCCUUAGCCAGGAUCAAGGAGGCUCUUCUUGUCCACAGCACCAUGGCCCCCAAGAAAGUAGAAACAAAGAAACCGGAACCCAAGAAGCCAGAGCCGAAAAAGGAGGCUGCCCCGGCCCCAGCAGCUGCCAAACCGGCCCCUCCAGCAGAGCCUGAGCCUCCUAAGGAGCCUGUGUUUGACCCCAAGAGCAUCACCUUGGAAUACAGUUCUGACCAGAUUGAGGAGUUCAAGGAAGCGUUUCAGCUGUUUGACCGCACGCCCAAGGGCGAGAUGAAGAUAACCUUUGCUCAGUGUGGCGAUGUGAUGAGGGCCCUGGGCCAAAACCCCACCAACGCCGACGUUCUGAAGGUUCUGGGGAAACCCCGGCCAGAGGAGAUGAACUCAAAGCUGGUGGACUUCGAGACCUUCUUGCCCAUGCUCCAGCACAUCUCCCGGUCCAAAGAUCAGGGCAACUUUGAGGACUUUGUUGAGGGCCUAAGAGUCUUUGACAAGGAAGGCAAUGGAACCAUCAUGGGGGCAGAACUGAGGCAUGUUCUGGCAACUCUUGGAGAGAGGAUGACUGAGGAUGAGGUUGACCGGCUGAUGGCAGGACAAGAAGAUGCCAAUGGCUGCAUCAACUACGCUUCUUUCGUCAAGCAUAUUCUGUCUGGUUGAAUUGGAUUUAUAGAAAGCAUUGAAGCAAAAAUGUAGCCAACAAUUUCAAAGCCUGUCUGAAGGAUAUGGAUGUGGAAGGGGUAAAUCAGUGAACUGGACUUAUUAAAAUAAACCGCAGUAUUUAGUAUUUUCGUUAUUUUGUAGCUCACUUCAUCACUUGAUAUUCCAUCACCCCAACUUGUUUAGCACCUGAUCAAAUGUGGACAGAAGUGUCAAAAAGUGGGUGGCGAUUUGAUUUGUUUGGAUUGGACAGAUACAAUGACUGUGGCCAUGUAUAGGUUUUGUGCAUAUUGUCCAAAAUCAAAUAUGUUUAGCAGGAAACAUGCAUGCAAUUAUGAAAGCAUUCAGACGUAAAUGAGACACUGUGCAUUCAUCAAGAAAAAGAUGCCAUGUUAGUGCAGUCUGAAAUAUGUUUUUAAUGUUACCUUACAUAAGAAGCAAUAUUUCCGUCUGUCAAUCAAUGCAACAAUAAAUAAAUUCAUAAAUAA